ACUCGCGCAGUUCGCAWGAAACCGGAGAGGGGGGUGGGUGCGGAGGGGAAAUACGUCCCGCAAAUAAUGAAGCUUGACCGUCAUCUUACCGGGCUGUGUUUUUAACGCAGCGCACCUCCCAAUAAAGUCACGUUAAUGCAAUCCUGUUCAACAUGUCUGUGAGAGGAUGGUUUGGGCUUUCAAGAGCGCGGACCCUUCAAGGCUCGAAUGGACCCCCCCAGUGCGAGGGCAUUCAUGUUUACAUGUUCUGGACUAAAGAAGGGGAGAGAUAUUUGACUCACRCAAGCGGAGAUGUCACAGCGGAGGAGCUGUGCAUCUUGGCCGCAGAGGCUGUAGGAAUAACUCCCCUAUGUCACGUGCUGUUUGCGUUGUACGAUCUACAACAGCAGUGCUGGUACAGUCCAAAUCAUGUUUUCAGUCCAAAAAUGGACUCCGGUGUAAUACUUCACUACUGUAUGAGGUUUUACUUUCGGAACUGGCAUGGACUAAACGACAAAGAGCCAAACGUAUUCCGGUAUGCUCUCAAAUCAGAUCAGACGGGCUCUCCUCUGCUUGAUAUCACAUCCUUGGAGUAUUUGUUUGCGCAGGCCAAAUAUGAGUUUGUGAAUGAAGUUGCGCAAAUGGAGGACAUYGAGUCAGAGGAGGAACUAAGUCGCUUCAAAAAUGAGAGUCUGGGCAUGGCUGUGCUUCACCUCUCACACCUCGCAAUACAGAAGAACUCUACAUUACAGGAAGUGGCUAAAAAACAUAGCUUCCUAGAAUGCAUUCCAGUGUCUUUCGCCCAACACAUAUCCAGGGAUAACUUUCUGACUAAAAUCAGGAUCCGGCGGGUGUUUUCCGAUUUUGUACGGACCUUCCAGCAGCACACGGUGGAUAUCGGACAUCUGGGUGCGCAGGAGAUCAUGUAUAAGUACAUCUCUACCCUCGAACACUUGGCUCCGUCUUUUGGCACGGAGGCUUUCUCAGUAAGCGACUGGAAACUGACUGAACACAGCAACGGGAGCAGCUCUUACACGCGCUGCGACGGCGACUUAAGAAAACCCUGCGGUGCUGAGGCCACGCAUGAAAUAAUGGUGUCUGGCACUAAGGGGAUCCACUGGAGGAAGUUGAGCCAGAAGAAGCAGACGGACCCCCGUCUCAGGAACAAUUAUUUGAACUUGUCAAAGAAAUCGAAACAAAACUCCAGCGAAGCAAACGGGGAGAGUCACGACGACUGGGAGUUCUUCUGUGAUUUCCCAGAAAUAACUGUCAUAGACAUAAACGAGUCUAAUGUGCGCAUUAGCACUCAGCUCAAUCAAUGCYUGGAGGUAGAGAUGAGAUCCAGCCAAGAGGCCUGCUCCUUCAUCUCCCUCCUCGAUGGGUACUACAGACUGACUGCGGACGCCCACCACUACCUCUGUCGAGAAGUGGCUCCCGCCAGGGUGGUGUUGAGCGAAGCGAAUCUGCUGCACGGACCGAUGCAUGAUGACUUCGUGCUGCACAAGCUAAAAAAAGAGGCAGCCGAGGUCGGAACGUUCCUCGUUCGAUGGAGCGCCCUCGACUAUCACCGCAUCAUCCUUGCUGUGCUGAACAGAAGCGAGAACGACUCGGCGCCGAGCCACAAGCAGUUUCGUAUCCAGCAGAAGGGUUCUGUGUUCGUCAUGGAGGGCUGGGACCGAGAGUUCUCCAGYGUGAAGGAGCUCACAGACAGCCUCAAAACCUUCGUGCUCAAGUCCGGUUCGGACAACUUUACGGUCAGAAAAUGCUGUUUGCCGAAACAAGGAGAAAUAUCCAACCUGCUGGUGAAAAGGCAGGGUGGUGACCUCCGCACCAACUCCGGGUCUUUGGAGCUGAACCUGACGCAGCUCCGCUUCCACCAGAUUAAGGACAAAGAAAUCACACAGGAAGGACAUUUGGGUCGUGGCACCAGAACCAACAUCUAUUUAGGACGCUUGUGUGUGGCAGGGGAGUUCAGCAACAACAACGUUUCUAAAAUGAUUCGUGUGGUUCUGAAGGUUUUAGACCAAAGCCAUAAAGAUAUUGCUCUGGCAUUUUUUGAAACUGCAAGUCUCAUGAGCCAGUUAUCCCACAGUCAUCUGGUGUUUGUGCACGGUGUAUCAGUCAAAGGAUCUGAAAACAUCAUGGUGGAAGAAUAUGUGGAGUUUGGGCCUUUGGACGUCUUCCUUCGCCGAGCAGGGGACGUCAUCAAAGCGGAGUGGAAAUUGGUUGUUUCCUUACAACUUGCGAGUGCCCUCACUUAUCUUGAGACGAAACGCCUGGUUCAUGGGAACGUCUGUGCCAAGAAUAUUCUGGUGGCAAGGCGGGGAAUAGAACCUGGCACUUCACCUUUUGUCAAGCUGAGUGAUCCAGGAAUUGCUCUUAACGUCCUCACAAGAGAAGAACGUUUGGACCGGAUCCCGUGGAUCGCCCCMGAAUGCGUCGACAGUGACGCUCCUAUCGGCAACGCUGCUGACCAGUGGAGCUUUGGCGUCACGCUGCUUGAAAUCUGCAACAAUGGCAUCCUUCCCAUGAGCAGCAGCACGUUGUCCGAGAAAGAGCGUUUUUAUCAGCAAAAGGGUCGUCUCGCCGAACCGUCCUCUCAGGACCUGUCUGAGUUCGUCAGCAUGUGUUUGACAUACGACCCUGACGCAAGGCCUUCCUUUCGUACCAUCCUCAGRGAGCUCACAGAGAUCAUAAAGAAAAAUCCYGGCAUAUUUCCCUUCGUCACGCUCCCACCGCCUGACCCCAGCAGUUUCCAGAAGCGCUACAUGAAAAAGAUGCGGGAUUUAGGCGAGGGACACUUUGGAAAGGUGACGCUGUACCUGUAUGACCCCAGCAACGACGGCACUGGGGAGCUUGUGGCAGUGAAAGCCUUGAAGCAAGAAGGUAACUCGCCCGAGGGCUGGAUGAAGGAGAUUGAUAUCCUGAAAUCCCUCUACCACCUCAACAUUGUCAAGUACAAGGGCUGCUGCACUGAGCCAGGAAGACAACAGGUCCAGCUGAUAAUGGAGUACCUUCCCCAGGGGAGCCUGCGGGAUUAUCUUCCUAAACAUAAAGCCAGCGUGUCCCAGUGCCUCAUGUUUUCUCAGCAGAUCUGUCAGGGAAUGGAGUACUUGCACUCAAAGCGCUAUGUGCAUCGAGAUCUGGCUGCCCGCAACGUCUUGGUGGAAAACAACCGUUUGGUAAAGAUCGGAGACUUCGGCCUGACCAAAUACAUCCCUGAGGGAGAGAUCUACUACAGAGUUCAUGAAAACGGAGACAGCCCCGUGUUCUGGUAUGCUAUCGAGUGCUUGAAGGAGCAAAAGUUUUCUUUUGCGUCCGACGUUUGGUCUUUCGCAGUUACUCUGUAUGAGAUCCUGACCAACUGUGACCAUCGCAGAAGCCCUCCAACAAUGUUCUUUGAAAUGACGCAGGAAUCUGACGGACAGAUGAACUUGAUGGCUCUUUUAAACCUGUUAGAAAAAAACCGGAGGUUACCAUGUCCCCAGCACUGUCCACGUGAG